AAAGUUUUAUUUGUUUUGGAAAAUGUAUAAAAGAAGAAAGAAACUAGUUAGUUCAACUCCACAGGCCUCUAGUACCAUGUUGGAUGGUAGAGGUCUCAUGACCAGUUUUACGAGCAGUCAGUCUAGUGUUAUCAGUAGCAUUGAUGCAAGAAAUGUCUCCGAUUCUCCUGAAGAUAUGUUCGAUAUGAGUCCUCAUAAGAGUAAAGGUAGUAAUUUACUUCUUGAUAUAACUAAUACUGGUGUAUCUUCUCAGCCAAGCUGUUCAAAGGCACCUGAACCCAAAAAAACCACGAACGAAGUGUUAGAAAUGUUGUUGAGUCAGGAAGAUGAACCAUUGGCUAAAGUUGCUAAGAUCAGCAACAAAAGAACAGAAGAUAGAAAGCUGGCAUUGUCUCAGGAAAUAAGUUCUAUCGCCAACAAGCAGCUGUCAAGUAUUUUAUCAAAGGCAGGAAUGGUUCUCGGAGAUGACAUUUCUCCCAAUUUAUUGACUAAACCACAGUCAGUUUUUGUCCGUAAUAUGUCAAAGCUAUUAGAUAAAUCAAACAAAGAAGAUGUCAAUAAAUUUAUUGAAAAUCUUGAAGAAUUUUUGUCUGACACUGAUUGUUUAAAAACAGCACUCUCACCAACGAAAGCCGAUCCUGAUUCGAAUAUUCUUGCUGAUUCUCAAGACAGCCUCAUCCGAUUAUUAUUAUCAGUCGAAUCCAUACAGAGUAAACUAAUAUCUUUCCUUUUGGAUAAAAUAUGUGAAUUUACUGCUGACGAAGACGGAAAUUCAGCUGAAGAAAUGAUGGCUAUAGUUCGAAUGAUUCUCCAAUCCUUGAGAUAUAUGAACAAUGUUCUUGAACCAGAAAAACUGACGCAAAAAAUGUUUGAUAUAAUUCAUGCUGUAUCAAGCUCAAUGCUCAAGCAUGAAAUUACUAACUGUUUGCCUGAUAUCAUCAGCGAUGCUCAAAGAGAAGAAACAGCCAACGAAUUUAUAGAACUGAUGAAAAGUGAACCCUCCUUAACACCUUCUAUUUUGUACACACUUUCAAAUCUUUGGCUUGAAGGGGAUAGUCUGUAUCAAUUGCAAAUGAGUUUGAUUCGACAGUUGAGGAAUUCACCUUUAGAUCAGUUACCGGCUUGUGUCAGAUUUUUAGCGAUGGGUGAUAUAAUCAACCAUGCUGAUGAGAUAAUCAAUGGUCUCCGUUCAGAAUUAGUGAUUUGUCAUGCAGAUGGAGGUAGUUGUACUCAGGUGCAAAAGGGUAAAGCUUCCGACGUUCAAAGUACACUUAUACUGGUAUUUGAAAAAUUGAGGGAUGCUGUUUUGAAAUCAAAAAAGCUAGCUGACAUUUGGGUUAAAAAUAUUGGUAAAGUCAAGAAAUCUAUUCAUCAUAAGCCUAUUGAUUUACUGAUGCUAUUAAUCGUACAUUCGACAUCAAAAUCAGACGUAAUGAGAAAGAGGACAGUAGAAACCAUGUUUAGAGCCAAGAUUAAAUCUGGCCAUUUCAAGGAGUCAUUAAUUCAAGAUACUUUGUCGGCCACAAGUGUCGUUGUAAGAGAGCACUAUGAUGACCUAUUGAAGUUGCUAUCAACUUUACUUUUAUCACCCGAUUUGACUGUUUCUAGUUUCAGUGCAUAUUUCUUUAGUCAGUGUUUUGAAAAGUUGGACUCAUUACAAUGGAGGAAAAGAAUUAUUUUGGAACUUAUCUCCAACAUUACGGUGGCCAAGGGAAACGCUAAGCCAGCCCUGAAUCUUUUACAUUCCCUCACUUCAAAAUAUACCUCUAAGAUAGCUCCUUUCAUCACUUUACUAAUGACAUUAUUAGAUGUGGUAAUUGAAAUGAAAGUGGUGGAAAUCAGGCAGUUCAUGGACAUGCUAUGUAUGAUAGCCUUUGGAGAUGCCAGCGACAAUUCCAUUGAUAACAUUGGCGUCCAAGAUGAAAUAUGCAUGAUAGUACAGAAGCAGCUUUCUUGUCCAGAAGCCGUUAUAUUUCGAAGUGGAAUUAUUGCCGCCAUAGUUACAAUCAGGCAUAUGGUAAAGAAGGGAGAAAAUGACACUAAUGAGACCCCUUCGUCUGAAGAAGAGAUUCAGUUGGAUGGUAGCGGAAAGAAAGCCAUGAAUCUUUUGGAUCUUGUAUUGACUGGUACGAGGGCUAAUGCAGAAGCUCAAGUUUUGGUAUUUGACCAGCUUUCAUACAUGAUUUUGAAUUCUGACAAUUUGGAUAAGCCUUUUACGAAAAAAGUUUCUAUAAUGAUGCAAGGAUACUUGCAGAAUCACUACAUUAUUGCCAGUUCCGAUUAUUUGUCCAAGGAUAAUGGUUUGGAAUCAUCCUUGCAGUUCUGUAUCGACACUGAUCUCGAAGAUCCAAUUGUAUUUAACUUAGUGGACGCCGUCGUGUUGGAAACAAAUUCCUCAACAUCUACUAUCCCGAUCAUUGCUUUGCCUGGUCUGGUGAGAUUGAUUCGUGCCUUGGAACUUGCCGAUCUUACUGAAAUAGACGCUCUCCUCGGCUGUGCGAUAUCACUCCCUUCGCCAACGAUAUAUACCAAGUUCGGAAACGCAGACUGCCACGUCCAAAAUCUAGCUCUAGAUUGUCUUUUCCAUGUUUGCAAUUUUCUCAGAGAAAUGCUCAACUCAUUUGUCUACUUUGUCAAAGAUGGGAAGCCAGAUAAAAUUUUGAAGAGACUUAGGGCUGUUGUUUAUUUCCAAAAUCUUAUCUCGGUGUGUUUGCCACAAGCUUAUGAUUAUAGCCCUCCAGUAUACUAUCUUGAUGACAUCGGUUCAAAACCGGCUGCACAGGCUGAAAAAUCAAAAAAGCUAGCCGUUCCCAAACGUAAGAAAACUACUGGAAGAAAAAAGGCAAAAGAUAAAAACAAUGAAAAAGACAAGGAGAAGGAUGACAAUGAUGCAGUUGAUGAAACUGCAAUAUCAGUCGAGGAAAGUGAAGAUGAAGAGGAUGUGGAGCUGAUAUCUUUAGAGUUCUCUAAAUUCAAGUGUCACUUGCGGGAGUUGGAGUUCGAUGUUUGCAUAGUCCUUACCCAGCCUCUAGUUCCGAUGCCGAAACCCAUCCAAGAUGGUUUUUGCAGUGCAGAACUCGGUCCAAAUGAACUAAUGCUUAUCUUAGAUGACCUCAAUUCAAAAUUGAGGUACUGCAUGCACACAAGCAAAGGGAUUAGACCACGCAAAGAACCUGCAGGUUUUGAUGUGUUCUCUACUGUACCGUUGGAUUUGGUUGUUACAAAUGUUUCAAAACUUGCCCACCAUCUCUGCAAUCACUUACACAAAAUUGUGGAAUACUUACAUAACCUGUUGAUAAUUAAUGACGGUAUCUUGGAUGCCACCGGGAUGUUCUGUGCUGGCUCUAAUGAAAUGAAACAAUGCUUCACUUUGAUCUUGUCUGUUUUCAAUACCUAUCUCUCAUGGCCGGAUUUAACCUCAGAAGUGUACUCCCAACGUCUCAUGAAAACACUUAUAAAGCUCGGUGGUCCCAACAUUAACAAGAAAGAUGUUACAUGUCGAAAUGAAGCUAUUACAGGCGCUCUGUCGUAUCUUCGAGACAUCACAAAAUGUAUUUUGGACUUGACAUCUGCUGUCAGUUUGGUUAGCCUGAUGAGUACAUUAGUGUCUUUGCAAGAACCGGAAGGAGAUAAAUUUGACCCUGAGCUGGGAGAUUUGUGUGAAGACUUUUUAAGAAGAAAGUGGUAUGAUUCGAAAGGUGCCGAAGCAAAGGGAACAUCUGUUAAUCAACAACUGUGUGUGCUACUAGAUGUUUUUCUUAAUGAUGGAAAUAAUUGUUUAAAAAAUGUGUCAAAGACACUUAAUUGGCUCUCGUUGGAAUGCGAAUCUUUAGGAAAUGAUAACUCUUUUACUACUUUUCCACAUUUUAAUAAAAAUAACCUCAAUGUCCUUAUUCGUUCGAUUUGCAAAGGGCUGUUGGCAGGAGCCAAGAAAGCUCUAGAAGGAAAAGAUUACAAAGAACAAUUAGAAGUUUGGGAUUCGGUCACCAGUUGUUUUCAAGAACUCAUCGCAAUAAUAAAAAUUCAAGAUUCCAGAAUAAAUCUUAGGCAGUUCUUGAAGGGCAGUUUACCGAUACUUAGAUAUUUCUUGACUCAUGGAAUGAACAUUUGUUCAACUAUGUUCAAGAUAGAAUCAACUUUAGUAUCUCAAAUAAUAAAGAAGCUACAAGUCGUUACAAGAUAUAUUCAAUCGAUUUGUAAUUAUAGUAAGUUAAACAAAGACAGUUCUUUGAUCCAACAAUUGCCUGGAAUCAGAGGGACUUUAGAAAACAUUCUCCUUUCGGUGAAAAACAUGGUUCUUCAAAACAAAUGCGCAGGAGCCUUCUUCAUGGGAAGCAUGCGGAACAAAGACAUUCAUGGUGAAAUUAUCUCAACUGAUGAUACUACAGAGCUCGGGGAUUCCGAGGAAAUCACACCUACAGCUCCUGUUGAGAAUACUGGUGCCGAAACUUCAGGUAAUGAAAGCGACCACUCAAAUGCUUCCCAUACAGGUUCAAUCAGUGAUGUAUAUUAAUUUCACAUAGGUUUUAUUUAUAUAAUGUUAAUAUCUAAAAUUUUUUAUUAUAUAUUUGUUUCUGUUUUUUUAAUGUUAAUAAAUGUAAUUUUUUGUUAAACUUUACUUAUUAAUUAUGAUGUGAGAAAAAUCAUGUUAUUUGUUUCAUAAUUACAAUUUGUACUAUGUAAUUUUAAAUAAUA